GGUGGGCUCAGCCUGGGCGCCCGUGGGGUGCUCCCCGCCCCGCGGCCCCGCGCGCCGACGCCGCCGGACGGCGCGGUGCUCCUCGGGCGGCUGGGGGCGCCGCGGGCCGUCGGCGCGGCGGCGCGCUCGGCGCGGCGCAUCGCCGUGGACGUGCGGGACCCGCUGGGCUGCGACGGCGGCGGCAGCAGCGGCGGCUCGGCGGCGCGGCCGCCGCUGCCCCCCGGGCUCCCGCAGGUCUACAGGGACGCCCUUGCCGUCGUCCUGGCCCGCGGCUGGGGCGCCCUGCACGGCCGCGACGACCCGCCCUCCUGGACCGUGCUGCACUGGGCCGCCGACGAGGGCCGCGACGACGUCUGGGCGCUGCUGCUGGAGGCGGGGGCGGACCCGGGGCACCGGGACGAGAUGGGGAAGACGGCCCUGGACUACGCCUCGGCCAGGCGCAGGCGCGCAGGACAGCGCCCGACUCUAGUUUCUUUCUGUCCGCAGGGCACAAGCGAGCAGGACACCUGUUGA